CAAUGUCUGCAAGCGCAGGGUCGUUAAUUGCCUACUCUAUUGUUUUAACUUUUACGCGAAGUAUUCUGGUAUCGUGGUACGUUGCCAAGGCUUGAGCGACUGUCUACCGUGUUCUGGCUGUGCCAACCGGCCUGCUUUUCGUACACCGUGCAGUGAUCGAGAUACAAUAGAAAUAAGUCAUACGACUUUCGAAUUUUUUAAAGCGUUCGUCGGAUUCCCUUUGAGUUCUUUGUAGGCUUUUGCCUGAGGAAUUUUUUGCACAUUUUCCUUAGGCUUAGUGAAUCAAUCUUUUGAAAGCCAUAGCUUCUGUUUGAAUUUAGACGUUCGGUCGCUUCUUGUUUCAGUUCUAGUUUUACAGAACGCUCGUGCGCUUAGAAUGUCUCGGACCCGUUCUAAACGGUCCAAGCGAAAGGUCCCUCUGGAUGCUGAGGAUGAAGACUCGUCCUCGCGUGUCAAAUCCUCGAAAGUUCUCCGGAUUGAAGAAGCCCCUAUUUUUGAGCCCACCUGGGAGGAAUUUCAGGACAUGCCAUGUUUUCUCCAUAGAGAGGAUGUGAAAGAGGCAGGGAUGCGCUGUGGGAUAAUUAAGAUUGUAUGUCCUCCGACAUGGCAACCGGUAGACAAUUCGGCAGUUCAGCGGUUGACGUCAGUUCCUGUCGUGACGCAGACAUUUGAGCAGAAAUGUGAUGGAUGUUAUUAUUUCUAUCGAGAUGAACCUGAGGAAAUAAAUCUGGGUGUGUGGGGCAGACGAGUUGCGGAGAACGACGAAGUAAUAGAUGAAGAAUGGCGAGACAUCUGCAAGGGAAAAACGAAGUCUGCAUUCUCCGACAAGACGGAGAAGUACUGGUCCACACUGCUGAGCCAGAGAGCUCAAUAUGCCGCGGAUGUUUCUGGAUCGCUCAUGAGAAAGGAGCUUGAGCACUGGAAUCUUGGAAGCGGUAACUUACAUUGCCUCACGCAGAACCUGGGUCGCGAAGAGCGAAACAUUCCUGGGGUGACGUCACCUUAUUUGUAUUUUGGAGCAUUCGGGACAACGUUUGGGUAUCACACGGAAGAUGCGGAUCUCUAUUCAAUUAACUAUCUAGUUGAAGGCUCCCCAAAGGAAUGGACCGCGGUUCCCGCGGCAUAUGGUGAAAAAUUGGAGAACGUGGUUAAAAAACUCUUCCAGUACGGACCGGACAAAUGUCCAGCUUUUAUGCGUGAAAAGUCUCAUGUGAUACGACCGGAUGUCCUCUUGAAGGAAGGAGUUCCUGUCUAUCGGGCGAGCCAAGGAAAGCAUCAGAUUAUUGUUACCUUUCCUUACGCAUAUCAUGGCGGCUUCAACAGCGGCGACAAUGUGGCGGAAGCAAGAAAUGUGGCGUUGUCAGACUGGAUUCCGUACGGCCUGGCGGCUCGUUCGUGCACAUGUGGGAAAUGUACGUAUCCCAACCCAAUGCCGAAGACAUUGGUUGAGAAAAUUGCUCGUAAAACUGAUCAUCCGGAGUAUUACAAGUACAAGGAAUUCGGUAAGAAGUUUGCAGACGGAGCACCAUAUCCCCAUCCAAACCAGAAGUCUUAGGACUUCUUCGGAUUUUUCUUUUAAGUUUAAUGAUUUGCGUUUUCGCACAUAUUUCUUUGGUUCUUGCCAGUUGCUGACAUUUUGUACAGAUUUGUAUUUCAGUUAUUUUUUUGUCUGGAAUCGUAAUUUAUGGAACUUAAGUUAAGCAGGAAAGGAGAUUUUUUGUUAUUGUUCCGGCGGUGCAUCGAUGGACGCUUUUGUUUUAGUCAAAACUUUUACCAGAGUCUAGUGGUUAGGAAAAUGUAUUUUGUUCCGGAUUUAAUAUUGUGUCAUCUGAUUAGAUCGGUGCUUUGUAUGUGCGGCGAAUUGUAUUAAAU